AUGUCAGAGCUCGUGGUCCUCAUGAAGGAUUUCAUGCAAGGUCAGCAGAGGAGAGAGGAGGGUCUGCUUGAAGAGAUCCGUAACCUCCAUACGACGCUGCAGUCACCUUCACCCGCAUCGAGAGCUAGGGCUCCAGGAACUUCUCGGGCAAGCAGUCCAAGGAUGGAUUUGCCAACCCCUGGACCUCCAAGGCGACCCCAGGGCGAGUCGACCACACUGCACCGGCUGUCAGAACAGGGUUCUGCUGUUCCGUCUGGAGAGACCCCGACUGAGACAUAUCAUCGCCUCAAGAGCCUGUACCGGAGAUGGGUUCGUCCUGACCAGCUCACCAAGGAGCAAAUCGGAGAGCUCUUAAUCAUGGAGCAGCUUCUACGUGUACUACCACCCGACGUACGUACCUGGGUCCGAGAGCAUGAGCCUGAGGAUGGUCUUACCGCGGCCAGAUUGGCGCUGCAGCACCAGAACGCUCGUCGAGGAGGACCUCCUCGGUUCACCAGUUCUGCACCACGAUCUUCGCAGACGUCUGCACCCAACUUCCGUGUGCGGGAGGCAAGUCAGGACACCAGAGGUGUGUGUUACGCUGAGUUGGGUGUGCGCGUCCCAAAGACCACGGGAUCAGCCUACACCUACAGCUACGUCACCGUGGGGGAGUUUGUGGCCUUCUUAAUUGGCUGGAACCUGAUUCUGGAGUAUUUGUUCGGGACGGCAGCUGGGGCCUCGGCGCUCAGCAGCAUGUUCGACUCUCUGGCCAAUCACACCAUCAGCCACUACAUGAUCACUCACCUGGGGACUCUGCGAGGCCUGGGUAAAGCACAUUUAUGA